CUCCGACGUUCUGUGUGGGUAUGGAUGAUGCGGUCAGACCUCUUUCCUCGCGGGCAGUCCGGACUUGGUUUCCUUUUCGGACUAGAGUUGGGGACAAUUUUGCUCAGUGUUGGCGCAAUCAGCUCCGCGGCCGCCUGGCUGCCCAAUGACCAUAUCGCCGGCGCGCUAACUGCGGGCUCUGCUUCCAAGGAUAUGCCGGAAGCAAUAUUGGUCAUAAACAUGUGUUGAUUCCAAGUCCCCUCGCUCGUCGCCGAACGACGGGAACGCAACGUCGGUGCGCGAAUCGAAGCUAUCGAAAGGCACGCGAGUGGAUUUGCUGUGCUUCGCGCCAACCAUCGGCGGCCGAUACUGCUGCGGCGCGAUGGUCCGCGCGCCCGAGGGCCGAGACCAGGGCGGCGUGCCGAACAAAUAUCCUAAUGCGGGAAAAGUCGCGGUACCGCUUCACUAUUUAGAGUUCAAGCGCUACUGCGGACGCCGGAAGCCGCCCCCGGACGGCGCGCGCGACCAUCGUUCCGCCAAGAGGCUACUUAUAACACACCAGGCCCAUCACACGCCCCCCUUCUUGAACCUGCCCCUUCCCUCCCACUCUCAUUCAUUUAUCCCUCCUCCGCUCCCUCCACUCGCACGCGCGCCGUCAUGUCUGCGACCGCCGCCCUUGCCCCUCCCCCGCUGCCGCCACCACAACCACAGUCAACGCAUUCACAGCAGGUUUCAAUGCUGCCCCUUGCCAGCGGUGGCUCUGCUCCACCACUCAACAAGAGAUCUUCUCGAAGUCCAUCCUCACUGGACUCAAAGACGCCCACUCCUACACCUUGCUCCUCCCAACAAGCCCCUCAACAGCUGACUCCUCCAAGAGUCGUCGUAAGAGAGUCUUCUACACCAGAAACGCAGUCCAGGACUGCGGAAGACCACAAACUGGCAAUUCCGGCUCCCAUGAAAUUACCAGAGACUAUGCAGCAUUCUAUGGCGGCUCGCCCCGAACCUCUCGUAACUCCGCCCUUAGCUCAGCCAGUUUCAACAACCAGAUCACCAACUAUAUCCCCAAAUAACAAGAAUACUUCUGACUCAGUCUCAGUCUCUGCCUCUUCUUCUGAGCAGGCACCUGCACAACUCGCGCUCCUCCUUUCUCAAUCACUUGCUGAUGCGGACGCGCUUCGCCGAGAGCUCACUUCGGAAAAGAAGCGCGCAGGUCGUGCCGAGCGCCUCCUCUCUGCAUUACAAGGUCCUGCAUCGCCGAACUCCGCAAGUACCGGCGCCGAGCCCAGAAAAAAUGACGGUCGCCUUCCGGAAAGCGCAGCAAAGGCGGUUGUUGACGCCGAAACACGCGCGGAGCAGGCAGAACGGGCCCGAGACGAAGCCUUACACGCCCUCGCCUCACUUUCAGCAUGCUUUGCAGAACUUGAACGCUACGAGGCUGCCUGUGCCUUGCGAGCGUCUGAUGCACGGAGCGCCUAUUCCCGUCUCCUCACAUCCAUUACUUCCUCUCAUCCCGCACCUCAGUUAUCGCCCCCCUUAUCGACAGCAUCACCUUACGGUGAACUGAAACUAAACUUACCGCGGGUACCUGCACCCGCUCCCCAGCUGCCUCCGGCAAGCCAGUUGCACAGACCUGCUCCAGAGAUCCUGACAAUUCAUACCUCAGCUCAAUCAUCACGUCAUAUGCGACUCCCGCCACAUUCUUCUUACGCUCCAGCUCAUAGUCCGAUUGAUGGUCGACAAACAAGUGCCUUUGAGUCUCUCCCCCUUCCUCCCCCUCCUUCUGCAUCGGGACUUGGGUCGUUAAACAGCAUUAUACCUUCGAAACGUUCGCUUAGCCAUCGCAGUUACAUAGAUGAUCCGAUCUAUGAGGAGCAGAAGCGAAGACGUAUUGCCCUUGGACGGGACAUGGACGUAGACAUCGAGCCUCAGUCGCCGUACGCCCAUCGCCCAGGCACACAUACAGGCCAACACCACGGUGGGCCUGCGUCUGCUCAGCCGCUUUCUGCGUACCCAACCGCGACGCCUUUGAGUUCAGUCCCUUCACCACCGUCAUCUGCAAGAGCGUAUGACCGCCCACACUCCAGCCAGUACCUAACUGCACCAUCCGGCCCUGGUCAGAUCUUGACAAGAGAUAGCGCAUCAUCUUAUCUCACUCCCCCAGCAGGUCCCCGUUACCCUGUUUAUGAUGAGCGAGAGCGUGAUUAUGUCAGUAGGGAGAGGGAAGGUGUUUCUAUAGGACUCGGAAGAGUCGACGCACGAGAGCUUGUACGCGAUGCUAAAGCGCGUGAGCGUCGUGGAAGGGAACGCGAGACCUUCGCACGUCAUCCCGAUGCUCAGAGUAUGUUACACGUGGAUGGAAGACAGCGGAGGAGCAACAGUCGGAGCUCAAUGGGAAGUGGAGGCAGUAUGAGUCUUGACGAAAUGUUGCUCGAGACAGCGACCGAUCGUAACCGGGGAAGACCAUCACCUUCCGAGCACGCUGGAGCAUUCGGUACCCGCCAAAGCCAAAGUCAUAGUUUCGCAGGAGCUCCCCCGUCUGUUAAUGGCAUAUCGCCGUCAUACUCUACCCUUCCUCCACCUGCUCCCCAAUCAAUUGCGAAGGCAUCAUCCGUGCAUUCCGCGGUACCGAACGGCGUGGGUAAAAAGCCGUCCGUCCCCGCGUCGCAGCUUGCGACGCUUUAUCCGAAUGGAGCGGUUGUUAGUGGAGGCGGGGACCCGUCUGCACCAUCACCUGUGGAUCCAGCGGUACGCUAUCCGGGUUUGAGAACGUGCCGACAAUGUGGUCUUCCUGGACGUUACAAAGAGGGAAAAUGUGUUGAGAAAUGGGGACCGGGCCCGCAGGGCCCCGGAACUGUGUGUGAUCGGUGCCGCAAGAAGAUGAAGCGCGUUGAGAGGCGCGGGACGCUCGAUGCGAGCGCUCAGAACUCCGCUUCGCUUCGUGGUAGCCAAAGCCAAUCGCAGAGGGCCUCACAUGCUCAGCUACCUUCGACGCAUUCACAACCGUAUUCACAGUCAUACUCGCAAUCUCAACCUCAGGGUCAGUCGAGUCGUUCGCGCGCUCCUGCGCGUACGGAUACUCUCAUUGUCGAUUCGGGGCGGCACGAGGCUGACCGCAGUCGCUCACCGGGUCCCGGUGUGCGGUAUCACGCGUCGGUCUCCGGUACUGCUGGGAGUGCGGCCGCUCGGCAUUCGAACCUAUCCGAUCAAGCGCACUACACGUCAUCGCAUUCACAUUCGCAGAAUCAGUCACAAGCGCAGUCGCGCAGGGCGCCCACACCUCCGUACAUUAACUCUAUUCCCGCUCAUGAGCAAUACAGUAGCUCUCUCCGGCCAGAUGGACGUAGUUCCCGUGGUCAUGCGUCAACCAAUGGCGCUGGUCGUGCAAGCGGGGAAUCGAGUCUAGAUGGUGAAGACGAUCUAUUAGCGGAUGAUGAUCGAAGGCGGGAACGUGCACCCGGCUAUGCAAACUCUUUUGCACGACAGACGCUGGCUACUGAUGAACGAGAUGAGCUUGCAGACGAUGGAGACGGAGACGGGCCAGACGCUGACGCCGAUGCGGACGGGUCAGGAGUUGGAAGCGCCGAUGUUGAGGCCGAAGGUGGAGGAGAUGCAGACGCGGAGAUCAUGGACGCUGUAGAUGCUUCAAUGAAGGUCGAAGAUUGAACAAUAAGGCCUCUCUUGGUCUCACAUUGUUCGGUCUGUAUUCGAAUCCGAGGAACGUGCCUUUUAAUUGCUCUGUUCUGCUUUGCUUUGCUUCUGCUUUGUGUCAUCAAAUCUUGUAUUCUUGCUUCCCUUCAGUGCAUCUUAUCGUCUUAUUGUUCCAUCACAUACCCUCGAGCGAGAUAUCUCCUGCUAAUUUGCUUUCCCUUUUGUCCCCACCGGACAAAAGUUGUACAUGUACUUCUAUGAUAUUUAGAAACAAUCUUCUGUGUAUAGAAACUAAGGUUAACUUUG